UAACAUAAUGCAGUCUAUUUUCUGUGUACUGUUCAACAGACUGGUCUCUUGCAGUGUCGCAGUUGACGGCAGCGUUUAAAUGAUGUAACAUGGGCACAAACGCUGACAUCAAAAGCAGGACCGCAUCAAUAUUCAACCCUUUUAACCAAAAAUGAAGCCCCUCGUGCUGCUGUGCUGGAUUUUUGUUGUGACCUUACACGCUUCUGUGCUUCAGCCAAGGGUAACUGUGGCAGUUUUGCAGAAUGCAUCUGCAGAAGGUGACCUUUGGGGAAAGCAGAGACUUACUCUGUACAUUGAAGCUCUAAACACUGAAGAGGAGAAAAGAAGUGAGGAAGAGGUCAAAAUUCAUGGUGCAGAAGAAGAAACUGACAAUAGUAAUGAAGAACAUGGUGCGAGAGAAACAGAAAGUAAUGAGCAAACAAUGGUGCUCAUUGAGGAUGCAAAGGAAACAGAGAAGCAGCAAGGACAGAGUCUGGUUGAACCUGACACAUUGGAUGUCACUGGGCCAACUCUGAAGGAAUAUAACACUUCUAGCAUAUCUAUCACAUCCCAUCCAGUUCCGCUCACAGAAUCAGCUACUCCACCUCCAUCAUUCUCCUCCACACCACAGAGACCAGCAUCAACUCCAGAGACCUUCUAUGUCAUUACCAAUACAAACCUUUCAUCUGAAACCACAGUUGAAAACCCAAAAUUUCACACUCCAGAUGCAAUGGGAGCCACAUUACUAAAUGAAAGCAGCACAAAUGAUGAUCUUAAAGUGGAACUCCUUGUGAUGAAUGUCUCCGAGUUCCACUUAAAGGAGGAAGUGAGUGUAGAAGUCACAGCCUUGGCAGCGAGAGCGGAACCCACUGCAAUUGCCCUUCCCAGUACCUUUGCGGACAAAGCAAAAAACAAAGUGGCCAAACAUAAAGACAAUAAAACACUGAAAGGGAAGAAAAAAAAGGCUGUAAAGGGGAAGCCGAGGAAGACAACUAAAGUUCCGAAAAAAGCAAAGAAAGUUAAAAAGUUAAAUCAUAAGCAGAAACUCAAGCCAACAACUCCUUCGCAUUUUCCUUAUUUUGAAGAUAACUACUGCCCACCAGAGUGUUCCUGCUAUGGGAGGGUUGUGCAGUGUUCCGACAAACACCUGGUCAAAAUACCUUAUGGAAUUCCGUACAACUCCCGGUACAUUCUCUUAAUGAACAACAAAAUUGAUAGCAUUCAGUUAAACUUGCUUUCCCAGUAUGACUCCAUGGAGUUCCUGGUGUUAAGGAACAACCGUUUAACAGAUUCCUCACUCAAGAGAGCCUUCGAAGGGAUUCAGCAUCUCAAGAGACUGUAUGUGGAGCGGAACCUUCUCCGAAGCUUCCCCACAGACCUGCCUGCUACUCUUGAGGAGCUACGUCUGGACCGGAACCAAAUAAGUGUGAUGUCCAAUGCAGCUUUUGAACGCUGUCCAAGUUUGCAAAUCCUUAGCCUGAGCAACAACACCCUGCCGACAAUCCCUCCAGGAGUACUUCUUUCUUUGGUCAACCUUCAGACCCUCACUCUGUCCUACAACCAGCUCGCCUCUGUUCCAAUGCAGCUGCCCCUCAGUCUUCGAGAACUGUAUCUCAGAGGCAAUCGCAUUCAACGUUUACAAGGUGACAUGUUCUGGGGAGAGUCGGAGCUGCAGAUUCUGGAUUUAAGUUUGAACAGAUUGACCGAUAAAGGGCUUGGAAAGGCAGCACUAUUGAACGCCACUGGCCUUGAGAGUUUGAAUCUAGAGGGCAACUUACUGAAGGAAGUUCCUCGCCAUCUACCAUACACCAUAAAGACCCUCAACUUGGAAGGAAACUUUAUCUCAAGUAUUACCAAGGAUGCCUUUGUUUCAAUGCCUCAACUGGAGCACCUAGGUUUAGCAAGAAACAAAAUCACCAAAGUGGCUCUUGGUGCUUUCAGAGUUCUCCCACUUCUGCAUCAGCUAGAUAUGAGUUACAAUGCCUUACAACAGGUACCACGGCAGCUCCCAUUGUGGCUGCACUCUGCAACAUUUAUGCACAACAAGAUCCGCUCGAUUCCACGUGAUUCAUUCUGUUGGGGUCGAGACAAUGUGUCCCCACUGAGCCGCUUGGUGAAGGUGCAACUGGAAUAUAACAUGAUAGAUCUGGGUCAUCUGGACACGCUGGCCUUCAGAUGCCUUAGAGGCUUUCAAGUGGUGGAGCUUUACUGAAUUAACAAAUUGAGAAGCCCUGGACAAAAGGGGCAAGCUAUGGAUAGAGGUGACUUUUGCCAAUGGCAUCUGGGGUGAUAAUGAGUUAGGCAAACUUACUUUCAAUAGAAUGAAGAGUCAGAAAUUGCAGUUAGUGAUAAACUAUAUAAACGGCAGAAAUGCCACAAACUAUAUGCAGGCUCAGCUCUGUAGAAGAUAGUUUUGAUGGCCAUGAGGGGUAGUGCAUUACUUGACACAUAUUGAGUACUUUUCUGAUGCUGCUUCUCUGAUUUGAUCAAGUGUAUCUGCCUGCGGACUGCAAGACAGAGGCGUAAGAUGAAGGGGUGUAACUUGUAACAGUUAUCGAGAUCCCAUUGAACCAUGCGAGAUGUUACAAUGAAAUGUAGUUGGCAAGAUGGCUUACCAGAGAACAUUUUCAGAGUUUUCUCCAGAUUUAUCCUCAACCAAUUCAGUUGAUAUAUUAUUAUAUUUAAAGCCACGAUUCAUCAGCGGAUCGCUCGUAUGUCAGCUUACAGACAAACCAGCUGAUCGACGUGACUUUGAAACGCUCCAGUGUCCCUGUAUUUGUGUUUACACUCAGUAAACAGCGCUGAGUUCAAUGAACCGAUGACCUUCACAGCCAAUCACAGUCAUUUCUGCUGAACAGGUGUACACAUUGGCACAAUAGUUUAAGAGCAUGCUCCAAGGCGCUUAAAGGUUUGCGGGAAAUGGAUGUUUUUUAAAUUCAGUACCAAUUGGUAUUGAAUUCCAGUAUCGUGACAACUCUAGGUAGGUAUAGACGUUAAUAACUGUGAUGGUUUGGUUUAGGUUGUAGACGUUAAUAACUGAUAUACAGCGCCAUCUUGCCGACAACAUAGUUUUGACAUGUCUCCAUAACUUUGUUACACCUCUAACGUACUACAAGGCCCCUUCAUGUUACGCCCCUGUCUUGCAGUCCGCAGACAGAUCCUACUCGGUUUGAUCAAAUAUAGCCAAAAACAGAAUUUAAGUGUAUGUGGCCUGGGUUAUUGGUUGUGAUGAUGUUAACUGCUGUUACAUCUCUGAAAUUUGACUAGAUGUUGAAUAAGACUGAGAUCAGAGUUGUUUUGUUUGGAUAUAUCCCAGUCCCACUUGUUUUUGAGAUUGUAUUAUAAUUCGAUGUGACACAACAUGUCUUACAUUUGAAAAUAAAUCACUCACUUUUGUAA